AUGUAAUUAUGUUAAUUAGAAAAAACUCAUAAAAUCUCCAACAGCAAAGCCUUUUGUUAUCACAAGUAGACAAAGGAGACUUACAUUUUAACUAUCCAACCUCCGAGCGAGUUUAAUCGUUUACUUUAUCAUUUGAAUCAUCCAAAUUUAUUACUAGUAUAGGAGUUUUGGGAAGAGAGAGGACAGAUUUGUUCUGUUUAGAGGUGCGAAAACAUCAAUGAUUUAUAAGAAAUUAUGCAAAAUAAUAAGUUCUCUGAAAAUACAAUUCUGACGAUAUUAUAUUAGAUCAUAUCGGCUAUGUUUUAUUUGGAACAACAAUAAAUACCUAUAACAGUCUCAUUGAAUAAUGUGUUUCUGGAUGAAUAAUUAUAGGUGAAAAUAGAUGUUUUGAACAUAGUGAACGCAUAGCUUUCAUUCGCAUCUCCUGAAGUCUUAAGGAAGGAGGUUGAGUCAUCUGGAAUUUGGAGUGCAGGAUGCAUAGCAUAUUACUUAAUGAAAUGUGAGUUGCCUUUUUCUGGAGCCAAUGAGAGAUCAAUAGCUUAUAAUAUUAUAUAUAGGGAACCACCACCAAGUGAUUUCUAGGAGUUCCCAUUAGUUAGUGCAAUAUUGAAAGUCAUAUUCAUUAAGAAUUGGAAGAGAAGGGCCACUACAAAGCAGGUUCUGCAAUUCCUGGCUUCCAAAUCAGCAACAGUGCAGGAACCUGUUAAAUUACUGAGAUCGCCAUAAUCUUCAGUUGGCAAGAAUAAAUCUAGUAUGAUGCUUAGUAAAAUUGACAGAGUAGAAUAUUCAGAUAAAUAAACUGACAGCAUGAAAAUGGAUGAUAAACAAUCUCCAUUAGCCAAGGUUCUCACAUUAUAAGAAUUUGAGGAUUAAUUGUCUCGUAUGAAGGGAAGACCACAAUCCUCAAUGAUAGAUGAAUCCAAUGAAAUUAUUAACAAAAUUAAAAGAAUGAGACCCAAUUCUGCAAUAACUCUAACUGGAAAGGAGUUUGUCAGAAAGAAUAUAAAGGAAGAAAUUAAUUAAAGAAGACAGGUUCAAAGUUCAAAGCCUUUUCUUGUGAAAAAGAAUACUGAAAACUUUGGAGGAAAACAUCAUAAGGAAGUCUCGAUUGAUUUGGACAAUGCAGAUAAAUUAAAACAUAGCGAUACUAUAAGAGUGUACAAUCUAGAGUAUUAAGAUAAUGCCAUGCAUCCAGCAAAAAAUAAUAAGGUAUUUCUGAAAAUAUUGAAACCGAAAAUGGUAUCUGCUGCAGAUUACCCUAAAGAAUAGAUUUAGGGGAUGUAAAUGUGGAAAACCAAAAUGAACUCAAUGCUAAUUUGA